AUAUCCAUGUGUUGGAUCCCACACGCCAGUGCCUCUCAUCGCUCAUUCACUCCUCUCCCUUGGGCACUUUCCAUUAUCAUCAUCCUACUAUGCGGAUUGGAUACAUGAAGGUGCUAGAUAUUGAUGUCUCAGGACGAAGAGAGUGCUAUUUCUUAUGAUGAGCCCUUCUAUCCUCCCUCGUCUUCUCCUUUCCGAAUUUCGUCAUCCCUGAAAUCAAUCCUCCAUUACUCCGCCCAUGCAACGCAUACUUGCGCUCCGUACCAACGAAACAAGUGCGCACGGUCUGAUUCCGAUUGGGAGCAAUAAACUGAAUUGUCAUGUGGAUAUCCCUCUCCUCGGGUCAGUGAUCCUCCUGCAACUGCUCCC